AUGUAUGUGUUAAACAUGUUCUUACUAAUGACAUUGUGGUUAAUGUGUUAUAUUAACUAUGAAAAAGCAGCAGAAGUGGAUUAUAAAAGGACAUUGUCUACUGACCAACAAUUACUCGUAGAAUAUGUCAAUGAAACCAAACUGGGUCGAGAACCCGAGGAAGAUCAUGUAAUCCUGAUAUCAUAUCUAGCCGCAAUAAGUCAAUUUCCAAAGAAUCUCUUUGACUCCUUAAAGUUACUCUCUGAGGCAAGUAAUGUGGACGAAACCGCUGAGAAAGAUAAAAAUUACGGGUUUUUGUCAAAGUGUUUCAGAACAGACUUUGAAGGUUCUAUGAUAUCUGGAGCUUUAAAAGUAGCCGUGGAUGAUGUAAAUGCAGAUUCAGCAUUAUUGCCAAAUUAUAAGCUAGCCUAUAUUUUCAACAAUACUUGUGGAGACGAACAAAAAAGUACACGGUUUUUUAUGCAGCACUGGGCUUUAGGCGCCAAAGUAUUCAUCGGUCCAGAAAUGAAUUGUAGAACAGAAGCAACAAUGGCUGCAGCUCAGAAUUUGCCUAUUUUGUCUUACAAGUGUAAAGAUGAAACGAUGUCUGACAAGUCCAAAUAUCCAACAUUUGCUAGAACUGUACCAGCGGGAACAGAGAUAACUGCUGCUUUAAUUGCGCUUCUCAAGCAUUUCAAAUGGUAUAAAUUUUCAAUAAUUUAUGAAAAAAAUAUAGCGAACGAGGAAUUAUUUAGUUCAAUUAAGAGUGCUAUUGACAAGCAGCAUGGCCGUUUGACAAUGGAGGAUUCACGUUAUACAAUUUUGAAUGUGAGUACCGUACCUCACCCGUUUUCAGAAGUCGAGGAAAUUUAUCUUACAUUUGGGAAUGUUCGCUUGUUUCGUCGGAUACUUCUAGAAAUGGGAGCCCAAGGUUUAAUGGAUGCUGGUGAUUAUGCACUUAUUUAUAUAGAUCCAGAUUAUGAUUGGUUGAACACUUAUCAUGCGAUGAACAAUCACUUCUUUAGAAAUACUCUAGUUUCGGUAAGGCAAUCAUGGGAUGAUUUGAAUUCACAAGAUCGGAAAGUGGUAAAUUUUUCAAGAUCUGCUCUGGCGAUCAUUCCGACACCUGUGCAGUUAAGUACACCUGAAUUCAAAUCAUUUUGGCGUAAAGCAAACCAUUACUUAUCAUUAUUCGGUGUAAAGCAACGUGGUACUUCAACUUCCAUCAAAGCAAAUCGUUUUGCAUGUUAUUUAUAUGAUGCAGUGAAGAUAUAUGCAUUAGCGUUAACGGUAGUAUUGAAUGAGACCACCAGAGAGCAGCUUUCUAGUGGUUAUAAUCCUGUUUGUGAUGGAAAGCGAAUUAUCACUCACAUUCUUGGACGUGUAUAUCGAAGUAUACAAGGGUUUGAUAUGCAUAUCAACAACAACGGAGAUGCAGAAGGUAAUUAUACUUUACUUUCAUUGCAAGAAGUAGAACCAGUAUUGGAUGUAAAUAAUCCGGAUUAUUACCCUCUCAAAUAUGGUCUUUCUAUCACUGCUGACUUCGUGCACGACUUUUCCGGUGAUCUUCCUCUUCUGCGUUUCAAGCAACAUAUUCAUUGGCCUUCUGGACAUGCACCUUAUGAUGAACCUCUGUGUGGUUUUCAUGGAAAAAUCUGUAAUAAAGACUGGUGGUUCGCAGUUAUUCUAGUAGUAAUCAUGAUGCUUCUUUUCUUCAUUGUGAUUAGAAGCUCAUCAUAUUCCUUAGUUAUGUCAUAUAUUUGUUGGAAUGAUUUCAGAAAUUACAAGUUUGAAAAAGAGCUGUCGAGUGUUUGGAAAAUCGAUUUUCGUGAGAUCGAAAAAGUCGUACAGUGUUGUGAAUCAGCUGCUUCCCUUUAUGUUCUCGAAGAUAAUCAGACAUCGUUGCAAAGUAGUGAAGAAUGUAAUCAGGAAAAACGAUGGUCCGGUUUGUGUGGCGUUGCGCUUUACAAAGGAGCUUUGGUAUCAGUUGAUGAAAUCACUUAUCCUCGUAAAACGAAGGAAUUAACUCGCGCAGCAAAAUUGGAGAUGAGAAUUAUGCGUCAGCUACAUCAUGAUAAUGUUAACUCGUUCAUGGGAAUAGUGAUUGGCCAUUCAUCUAUAUGUAUAGUAAAGGAAUUUUGUGCAAAAAGCUCGUUGAUGGAUAUUCUUCGUAAUCAGAAUAUCAAGUUAGAUCAUUUAUUUAUCGCAUCGUUUGUUGAGGAUCUUGUAAAGGGAAUGAUUUAUCUCCAUGAGUCAGAAUUAGGAGUACACGGAAAUUUGAAAUCAACCAAUUGCUUGAUUACAAGUCGAUGGACUUUGCAAGUAGCUGAUUUCGGUUUGCAUGAAAUUAGAGAAGGCCAAGAAUGGGAAAACGUUGAUUUUAUGUGGGAAAAUCUCUUGUGGACAGCACCGGAAUUGCUUCGAGAAAGCGGAUGCGUGCGUGUCAUUAAGGGUACACAAAAAGGCGAUACUUAUUCUUUCGGUAUUAUCUUACAUGAAAUAAUCACUCGACAGGGUCCAUUUAUGAUGCUUGAAAAUAAUUCUUUAACAGCAGAAGAAGUAGUCCUCAGUGUUCUUAAUGAGGCUAAUUAUCGCCCAUCUUGUGACAGUUUGUCAGCAGCUAGUUAUGUAAUUGAUAUUAUGACGAAGAGUUGGUCUGCCGUCGCUGAGAAUCGACCGAAUUUUCGAGUUAUUAGACAUAAACUGAAACCCAUGUUUGAAGCAAUCUAUAAAAGAAAUAUUAUGGAUCAUAUAAUGCUAAUGAUGGAAAAAUAUCAAAAUCAACUGGAAGAUUUAGUGGAAGAUCGCACAACAGAAUUAAGAGAAGAAAAACGAAGAACAGAAAAUUUGCUUCAGCGGAUGCUACCUGUUUCUGUAGUACAACAGUUGCUUGCUGGAAAGGAUGUAGUUCCGGAGUCGUUUUCUUCUGUUACCAUAUAUUUUUCCGAUAUUGUUGAUUUUACAGAAAUCUCCAGCAGAUCAACUCCUUUAGAAGUAGUGGAAUUUCUCAACAAACUGUAUACGUUAUUUGAUCACAUUAUCAAGCAAUAUGAUGUUUACAAGGUGGAAACAAUAGGUGAUGCCUACAUGGUCGUCUCCGGGAUGCCUGAAGCUCGUCCUGCAAAUGUCCAUGCUGAACAGAUUGGUAUGAUGGCUCUUCAUCUUCUUGCAGCUGUUCGGAAUUUCACAAUUCCUCAUCUCCCUAAGCAGCAACUUCGUCUACGUAUUGGUUUACAUACGGGACCAUGUGUGGCUGGUGUUGUUGGUAAAACAAUGCCGCGAUAUUGCUUAUUUGGAGAUACAGUUAAUACGGCAUCACGUAUGGAAAGCAAUGGUUAUCCGUUGAAAAUCCACUGUAGCGAACUAACACAUAACAUUCUGGCUGAAAUUGAUGGUUUUGAGUUGAAGAAACGAGGAACAAUGCAAAUUAAGGGAAAAGGACUGAUGACAACAUACUGGUUAAUUUCUCGCAAAAAUACAACAUUUGCAAUCAAGAACGAAUCUGAAUUAUUGCUUGAUGAAAAACUGACUCCAAGCAUUUUCUCUCGAACGACUGGACCUGUUAUCAAAGGAUCCUCAAUUUCGUUGUUAGGAAAAGAACCAUCUUUACUUCGUCGGAUCAUUGAAUGUGCUUCACUUCGUGCUAAUAUGGGAUCUCACAAUAUUCAUGGUGAUAGUCAUAGUAACGAUAGAAAAUGGUUAAAAUCUACUCAGGCUGAAAUGUCUACUGUUCGUCCCUGCAGGCAUGUGAUAUGCACGACAUUGUCAUCUUCUUUGUCUUUUGUGGAUAAUUCUAAUCAACUUAAAGAAAACGUGGACAUAUCGGUCAUGAAAAAGAUGAGAGGUUUGGUUAAUACAAAAUAUCCUGGAAGUAAUAUAGAUAUGCUGACGACGUUUGGAAAUAUGGCGAGGUGGCCGAAACUCAUCAGAAGUGCUCUUUCUUUAUCUCAGAGUCGUGACCGGGAACCGAAAAUGCGAUUUGACGUAGGAAAUGUGAAAAAACGUUUUGCUGGAAGUGUUUCUACAUCAGCAAGCCCAUUCUGGCAACGUGUGCCGAAGAUGCUUGAUUCGGAUUCGCUGCUCAAUGAUGUUCGUAAUGUUUACAGUGGUAACAGCUCUCCAGAUGAAGAAUCAAUUUCAUAG